AUGGCCGAGGAGUUCCGAAUGCAACUUGGAAAUAGUGGCGCCGCUCUACUUAGAUUGCAAGAAGCAGUUAAUGAAAGGCGAAACAGGAUUCGUGCCCAGAUAACAGCAAAGCAGACCCCGAGAAAAGAGAAUGAGGUGAGAAGUCCAGAGCCAGGCCUACCGGGUGUUGGAUCUCGUACAGAGAAUCAAUUUAAAGGCUGCCAGAUUGGUAUGAGACAGUCAGCGUUUCUUGAAUACUUCGACCUUCAGCAGGACUCAUGCAAACAGCAGACGUGCUACACAGCCAGCUGCAGUCCACCAGAUGAAACUACGCAAACACACGACAAACAAUCACUUGAAAUCCAGAAAAGAACUGCAGCAAAUAAUGAGACGCCGAUGAAAACAGAAGUAAAGAAGACGAAAAAGCACAAAAAACGAAAAAAUACAACAAGUAGCUAUGGCUGUGAAACGGAGCCAAAAAGAACUAUCGAACAGAAAAAAGUCAAAAGGCAUGGGAAAACAUUGGAAAAAACACAUGGAGAUCACCCUAAACUGUGUCCUAGAAAACAAAAGGAGUCUACUACUGAAUACAAAUACAGAACGGUGUCAAAUGCUGAGCUGAAAGAAGAAAUAAUAAGUGAAAAGAAAAAAGUCAAAAGGCAUGGGAAAACAUUGGAAAAAACACAUGGAGAUCACCCUAAACUGAGUCCUAGAAAACAAAAGGAGUCUACUACUGAAUACAAAUACAGAACGGUGUCAAAUGCUGAGCUGAAAGAAGAAAUAAUAAGUGAAAAGGUGAAAAAAACAGAUGAACAGAUACAAAUAGAACAAGACAUUGAAGUGGUAGAAAAAAAUGAAGAAAGUGACAUGGCCAAUGACACUUUGAACAAUCAAAGUAAUUCGACAUCACACGACAAACAAUCACCUGAAAUCCAGGAAAUAACUGCAAAUAGUGAGACCCCGAUAGAACCAGAAGAGAAGAAGACGAAAAAGCACAAAAAACGAAAAAAGACAACAAGCAGCUAUGGCUGUGAAACGAAGCCAAAUAAAACUAUCGAACAGAAAAAAGCCAACGAACAUAAUAAUAAGUUGGGAAAAACACAUCGAGAUCACCACAAACUGAGUCCUAGAAAACAAACGGUUUCUACUACUGAGUAUAAAUACAGAACGGUGUCCACUGCUGAACUGAAAGAAGAAAUUAUAAGUGAAAAUAUGAAGAAAACAGACGAACAUAUUCGAAAAGAGCAAGAAAUUGACCCAGUAGAAGAAAAUGAGAAAAGAAAAAUUACUAAUGACAAAUUUAACAAUCAAUGUAAAGAGCAAACACACGACAAACAAUCACUUGAAACCCAGAAAAGAACUGCAAUUAGUGAGACGACGAUAGAAACAGAAGUGGAAAAGACGAAAAAGCACAAAAAAAGAAAAAAACAAAACAAUAAGCUAUGA